AUGCCACAGCUCCCCUUACCAGCUUCUUCGUUCCCACCGACAAUGCCGGUCUUUUAUGCGAACCACAGCAAAAUAGGACAACUUAGUGUCUACCUGUUUGAUCCUACGUCGUAUUCGAUGGAAUCGUCUAAGAUAGGACUACCCAAGAUCUCGUUUCCAGACCCGCCACGUCCCCCAACUCCAGGGCCGCCUCCACGGCCACCCCCAAUCCCUCCCCGUCCGCCGGUACCGACGCCGCCGCCUAGUCCAAGUUCUUCGGCGGAAGCGGAUCUUCUUCAGGGACUUGUGGCUAGGCAGCUCUCUAUUAUUGCUGUCCGGCUGAUCGAUGUCUGGACCGCUCUAGGCGUGCCAGUAUCGCUUCCCCACCCCCCUCGUCCGCCAACUCCAGGACCCAGACCAGGGCCCGUAGGUCCUAGACCUGACGUACCUACGCCGCCGCCUAGCCCACGCAGAUCUACGGGAGGUCUCGUUAGCGGGACAACCUCGCGCGGUGAGAAGCUCGAAAUAAGCUACCUUGGCGAGGCUUCGUCGAAACGACCGUUAAACGAACACCUGUCUUUAAGACCCGAUGUCUUCGUGCCCAUUAAGCUGACGACGUCAUAUGAUUCGCGGGAAAGUGCAGACGUUGAUGGCCGGGGCGAGUUAUACGAUGAUAAGCUUACCAACUAUUUAGACAAUCGAGGUGAAACGAGAUUGCAUACUCACUUCUAUAGUAUUGCCUCAAAGGACCCAUACCUCGGUUCCUACAGCGCGAACGAGUCAUCAUGCUCAAUCUUUUCCCUACAUGCUGGCGCUGGAACUGUCAGGAAUGACCCAGAUUUAUUACGAGUGCCAUCUCUAAGGCAACUAUCAAAGGCUCACCCUGAUUUGUUCGACGCCGCCAGGGGUCUGUCGCUAUUAAUCGCGUGGCCGGGGAUCUCGGGGAUACGCCCCAGCCCGGCGUCAUCAAUAUCUGCAUGCACAAGUACGUUAGAUCAACGCCCGAAUGUAGCUUAUAAGAUGCCUUCCAAAGACCAAGAUACUCUUCCGCCAUGCGGGAGAUCGUCCUCACAAAAUUCACUGAGCCGGGUAGCAGCAGAGAUAGCUCUACUAACCGGGCCACGUCUUCUAGGUCUCGAAACCUCAGGCACCACGCUCAACUCGGCAGGCACGCGGCUCGUAGGCUCAUUAGAGCCAACCUGUUGUACCGCUUACUGAGAGAAAUACCAGCG